UACUCCUCGUUAUAUAAUGGAGACACCGGGAAACGAGCAAUAUGUCGCUUUUCCACUGUCAACGAACAUGCACGAGACGAUCAUAUCCCACGAGGAGAUAUGCGAGCCCGUCGUAGAGGACUGCGUUCUCCCGGAAGUCACCGUCACGGAGGUCGUCGACGGGACGGGCGGCACCGGGUCGGCGGAGGUCGAGGCGGCUGUCGAAAUCCUCACUGAGAACUCGGACGACGCCGAGGACGGCGACGGGUCCGCGGUAUACCCGAUAUACAUAAAGCAGGAGGAACAGCAACAGCAGUACACCUCGGGCGACGACGAGUCGAUGGCGGUCGAGGCGCUUCGCCAACUUGGUGGGAUGUAUCCUUGUUUCAACAACGACAAAAAGAUACCAUGCCCGAAUUGCGCGCACCUCUUUACUCAGGUCGAGAUGGCCAAGCAUCACUCGAGCUGCGCCUCCGUCAAGCUCUCAUGCACCACCUGCGGUGAACGGUUCGAGCGUAAGAUUGAUCUCAACAACCACAUGGUCUGUCACCAGGUCGAUCGACCCCACGCUUGCCGGAUCUGCGGCAAUCUCUUCAGGUCCAAGGCGAACCUUCAGUCGCACAUGGCACAGGUACACCAGACGGAAAGACCGCACAAGUGCAACAUAUGCAAUUCCAACUUUCAGAGGCCAUCCAGCCUUUCAAACCACAUGAAGAUACACACAUAUGUCGCUGGCCGAGCUAUUAUGCAAACUUCGUUAACCAACAACAGUGUUACUCAGGUCACCGCUGAGCCAUUCCGAAAAUGGCCCGAGAACAACAGUAACUCCGAAACGCCGGCCACCUCCGUCCCCUCUUCGUCCGUUUCGACGAUACCCAACUACGAAGUGUCCCAGGUUCACUGGUCGAUUCCGAGUUACAAUUUCAGUAACGAUCAACCAGGAGUAGCCGGUUUGACCAAUCAACAGGACAAGAUGGAUACGCUUCAGGAGUUUGCCGUAAUGCCGAGCGGAGAAGUAGCCCAGUUCGAAUACACGCAGCAAAACACCAUUACCAACCAGAUAAACCACCAGUAUAACUUAUCAAUGAAUUCCUUUAGCAGCCAGGAUGGAAGCAUGGUAAAAAUUGAGUCACUUCCGUACCACGGAGAGUCGAGGCGAAGCUAUGUGGAGGUCGAAUUGACUGAGACGACUCAGCAGCACACGUGCAGCCACUGCGGAAUGAACUUUGCCAGAGCAUCGGCGCUCGCCUUCCAUGAGAAGAUUCAUACAAGCAAAAAUUGGACUAUGCCAGUGGAGUGUGAGUACUGCGACAAGCAGUUUCAGGACAGCAGCUGUCUGGCGACGCACCAGACAACCUGUGCCAAGAAAGUGAUGAGAAAUAACACUGAACACGGGCUGCCCAGCAAGUGGGGCAAGCACGCAUGUGCCGAUUGUGGAAAAAAGUUCACAACUAAGCAGAAGAUGUUCAGGCACCAGUGGAUUCAUAGAAAGAAAACUCACUCCUGCGAGGUGUGCGGCACUCAGUUUGAGAAGCAGCAGGAACUCGACGAGCACAGACUCUCCGCUCACCCCGGUGACUCUGCCUUCACCUGCAGCGAGUGCGGCAAGAGCUUUGUAUCUAGGCAAGGGCUCUGGGAACAUGCAAGAACGCACGCUGGAAGCCCCGCUCACUUUCACUGCGACGUUUGUUCCAAGACGUUCUCAUCCAGGCAGGGAUAUCUCAUUCAUCACCGCACUCAUACCGGGGAACGACCCUAUGGGUGCAAAUUCUGUUGGAAAGCGUUCAGAGAUGGAGGAACAUUGAGAAAACAUGAACGGAUCCAUACAGGAGAGAGACCGCACGUUUGUCCACUGUGCUCAAGGGCCUUUAAUCAGAAAGUUGUGCUCAGAGAACACGUCAGAUGGGUUCAUGCUGCUGGAAAAAAUGAGACUGAGGUAACCGGACCCCCAUUCAGGUGUCCUCUGUGCGGCGCUUUGAAUCAGGAUAGGGACGAACUCUGUGCCCACAUCGUUAAACAUUCAGACCAAAUGAUAGCCCAAGCUAAAGCAAAGACGAACAACAACGCGUUGAAGUCAAAACCUGCGAAGAAGAAAUCCAAGACUCCGGCGAGUUCUGGAUCUUCAUCUUCUUCUCUGGGAAAACAGAUCGCCGGUAGCGGCCGAUCGAUAUCAAGGAUGGAACAGAACGAAGCUCUGCUUUCUAUUUCAGACGUUUCUACCAAAACCACAGACAACUUACCGCAGUUUAUGGCAGUUGGAAAAUCAAGCGACACGGUGCUCCUGAUCACAGCGGCGAAGCGAAGCGAAGCUUUGCGACUUAUUUCGGAGGUUAAACCAAAUGAUUUACAUUUGAUAUCACAAGGUAAGCAAGGUGAGAACCAUCUGCACAUACCUCAGAUUAAUCAUAGAGAAACUCUCGGACUAAAUGCCGAGGACAAACAGGGAUGCAGCGUCCGUAUGGCUUCGGCUGAACGACAAACUCCUAGUUCUACACCCAGGCAAAACGAAGGUAGCGGGAUGCACCUGAUGACCUCUUCGAAACAAGGAGAUGGCAGUGUGCAUCUAGUUUCGCCAAACAAACAAAACAAUACUUUGCAUCUGAUAUCCAAACAAAAUGAAUCUCUACCAGUACUGACUAUACCAAAUCCCCAAAAUCAUGACAAUUUUUCCAGUCAAAUCGAACAGAUAAGCAAUAUUGAUAUGCCAAUGAACAUGGUAACUCAUCAUUCAACGUCAUCCUCGACCACUCAGCAUCCAGGAGAACGAGUCAAAGCUGAGGUUGCUACUUCGGUUGAUGAAUCUUUGAUCCAAGAUGGAGGUGCGCAGUCGACUUCCUCCCACGUUCAGUACCAGCAGCAUCAUCAGCAUCGAGAAAGUGACGAUGGACAAGAAUCGGCCUGCGGUAUGUGCGGGGAAGAAUUUACAAAUAAAAACUCUUUAAUGGAACACGUGAAAAUUCACAUUUAAUUCGUGUGCUUCCGUAAUGUCCGGAAAAAAAAUUUGUGAUAUCAGGACACUACGGUUUAAUCGCAUGAUUGUUAUUACGUAUUUACAAGAAUAGUAGUACAGUUUCUCUAUUUAGUUUAGUCGCACAGUACAUUACAGAAAUUGAUGUCACGUCGAAAAUAAAUUUGUAUCUAAAAAUAUUGGAUUUGUUGAUAAUUAUUAGUGUAUCAAGAGUCAAUUUCAAUGUUUUCAGCAUUACAUUGAGAAUUUUAGAUUAAUACGAAACCCUUGCAGCAGAUGCAACUAAACGAAAUAGACAAACUGUACGAUAAUUGAAUGGCCUGAAAUAAUAUGAUUCUACUUGUAAAUCUAUGAAAAUCAUCAGAAAUUCCUGUUUUUUUAUUUCCAUAUAUUUUUCUUUUUUGC